AGAUGAUGAUAUCAUGUAAAGUCUUAAGACUCGUUAGAUUUGAGAGAGAGGGGUUAGUACUCAGCAUAGGCUGCAUAGCAAAGUCAUAGACUUUAUAAAAUAGUCCUAUGCAUAGCAAAGUCAUAGACUUUAUAAAAUAGUCCUACGCUCCUACGUACUCAAAGAAAAUUUGGUAAAAGAAAAGAAAAAAAAAAACCAAGAGCAACCAAAAAGACUAAAAAGGACAUCCUCUCUUCCAACCUCCCAUCAUUCCAUUAUUCCAUCAAUUCAGACUAACCCCCUUUCUCCUCUUCUUCUUCACUCAUCCAUCUCUUAUUACCCACCCAACUCAACUCCUCAUUUUCUCUCUCCUCCCAGAAAAUCAUGGAAAUCACUUCAAAAUUCAAGGAGAGAGAAAAUUACUCAUCCCCUUUAAACUCACCCACUAGUUGCAGCACCAAUCCACCUUCUUCUCCAUUACCCAUUACCAGAUCCGACCCGAAUAGCCCUUACCCAACAACAUUCGUAACCGCUGAUACUUCCUCCUUCAAACAAGUUGUCCAAAUGCUAACCGGAUCCUCCGAAAACAACCCAUCUAAAUCAUCCAACCCUAAACCACUUUCCACCCAUGAUAACCACUCUAAAAACUAUGUAAUACCGCCCACUAAAACCGCCCCUAAAAAACAGGGGUUCAAACUCUACGAAAGAAGAAACAGUAUCAAAAACUUAAUCAGCCCAUUAAACGCAGCGUCUGCUAAUUUUUCCCAUCAAAACUCGUUGUUUUCGCCGAGGUAUAAGCAGGAGAUUUUGUCCCCGAGUUUGCUCGAUUUUCCGUCGCUAACUUUGAGCCCUGUUACACCAUUGGUCGACGACAUCGGCGGUGGCGGUGGUGGCGACGGCGGUGGCGGGCGGAGUUCGUCGGCGACGGCUGAGGAAGAAGAAAAAGCGAUGGCCGAAAAAGGGUAUUAUUUACACCCUUCUCCCAUUUCUACCCCUCGAGAUUCACAGCCUCAGUUACUCCCUCUUUUCCCUCUUUCUUCUCCUCGGGUUUCUGACCCUUGAUUUAUUUUUAUUUUAUAUAAAUUAUAAAUAAUAGAGUAAUAAUUUUGAUUUUUAAUAAUUAAAAAAAAAAAAAGGGUUGAAUGAAUUUGAGGUAAGAGGGAAAGAUUGAUUUAAGAUGUGUAGCAAUUUGUAUAACUUUGAUACUCAAUUCAAAUGUAUGGUGUUGGUGGAUUUGAGGUGAAAUGUGGGUUUUAAUUAGUUUGUUGUCAUAUGAAAUAUGACUAUAAGUAAUGAUAUAUUAUUAUUAGACGUCUAUUAUUUUAAGAGACGUUAAUGAGCCGAGCUGAGCCAAGUUUAAACCGAGUUUUUCUUUAGUGUGAAUUACUUCAAUAAUAAUAGUAUUAAUAAUAAUUGUAUUGUGAAUUUUGAUUCAAAUUGUAAAAUGUGGAUGUAUCUAAUUAUUGAUUUUCAUAAAUUUAAAUAUUUGUAUUGUUAUCAUGAUUUAAUUAGUAGUUCUAUUCUAUUAGAGUAUUAGCAUCAAUAGGUACUAUUACUAGGUAGAAUCUUUUUGAAUUUGUGUGAUUGUGUUGAGGGUAAUUUGGUAAAAGAAUAUAGGGAAUUUUAUGAAAGAAUGAAGUUUGAAAUUUGACAAUAAAAUUUAUGACUAAACAGUUGGAAUCUUACUGUGUCAAAUUGUCAAUGUGUAUGAAGGUGGUAAGUUUUACACUUUUACUUGGUAUUAUUCUUAGACAAUGUAAAUCAUUCUCCAUUUGGUGAAUCCCAACUUUAGAUAAAUCAUCACCUUUUUUCUUUCCCUUUCUUUUUGUUUGUUUUGGUAGUGGUGUUGGUGGAGAAAAAUUAUUGUAGGGUCUCGAAUCAUUGCUACUACUCGUAUUACUUAAAUUUAUGUACAAGAAAGAUAAUUUUCCUAUUGUAUCGUGUACUAGUAUGUGGUUGAUUUUUGGAGUAAAGCAUAAAUACAGUUCCUGAA